AUGGCGUGGCAGCCGGUACCCGAGUCCUUAAGCCAGCUUGCUGCUUGUCUCAAGGACUCGCUCAGUGGCUUCGAUAAAGCUGCACAGAAGCAGGCUGAACUUAUGCUUACCCAGGCGAAAUCGUCCCCCGACAUCAACAACUACCUCGUCUACCUGUUCUCGAGCCAAGACCCUCCGUCUGGUCUACAAUGCUCCCCACAAGACUACUAUCUUGUUCGGUCGGCCGCCGCUAUUAUGCUGAAGAACAAUGUCAAAACCAGCUUCAAGCAGAUCCCAGAGAGCAGCCUGAGCCUGAUCAAGAUGGCCAUUCCCAUGGGCUUGCAAGACAAGAAUUCUCAAAUGCGCAACUAUGCAGGCAACAUCGCGACCGAGUUGAUUCGUCGAGGAGGUCUGAUGAGCUGGCCAGAACUGCUACCGGAACUACUGAAGAUGUUGAGCAACGAGAACGGCCAAGUCACAAACGAGGCGCAAGAGGGCUCCAUGGCAGCCAUGGCCAAGAUUUGCGAGGACAACACUAAGCUGUUGGAGCGCGAGCUCAAUGGCCAACGACCUUUGAACUUCAUCCUUCCGAAGCUCAUCGAGGCGACCAAGAGUCCGCUGGCCAGAGUUCGCGCGAAUGCGUUGACGGCUAUCAACGUCUUCACACCUCGCAAGUCCCAGGCCAUGCUCAACUCCAUCGACGACCUACUCCAACAUCUUUUCGCCUUGGCAACGGACUCGAGUCCCGAUGUGCGCAGACAGGUCUGCAGAGCCUUCGUGCAGCUAGUCGAGACACGGCCCGACAAGCUUCAGCCCCAUCUGUCGGGUCUUGUAGACUACAUUAUCACCCAGCAGAAGGGAGACGACGAGGAACUGGCCACUGACGCAGCUGAGUUCUGGCUUGCCGUUGGAGAGCACGAGAACCUCUGGCACUCGUUGAGUCCAUACAUCAGCAAGAUCAUCCCUGUGCUGCUUGAGAGUAUGGUGUACAGCGGCGAGGAUAUUGCGCUGUUGGGAGGCGCCACAGACGACGAAGACGAGGAAGACCGCGAGGAGGACAUCAAGCCACAAUUUGCAAAGAAGUCUUCAGCCCGGACGGCGAACGGCGAUGGCUCCACGGAUGCCGCACAGAACGGCAAUGCGUACGAAAAAUUAGCCAGCAUGGAUGAUGACCUCGAGGAGGGCGAGAUUGAUAACCUGGAAGAUGGCGACGAUGCGAAUCCGGACGAGCGCUGGACUUUGAGGAAGUGCUCUGCAGCUGCGUUAGACGUCUUCGCUCGCGACUUCAGAGACCCGGUGUUCGAAUGCAUUCUGCCCUACCUGACCAAGAACCUAAAGCACGACGAAUGGCCCUACCGGGAGGCGGCAGUACUGGCUCUCGGAGCUGUGGCAGAGGGCUGUAUCGUUGUCGUCACUCCUCACUUACCUGAGCUGGUGUCCUACCUGUUCUCUCUCUUGAAUGACCCAGAACCUGUUGUUCGGCAGAUAACUUGCUGGACUUUGGGCCGUUAUUCUGCCUGGGCUGCAGAGCUUUCGGAUCCGGCGCAGAAGCAGCAGUAUUUUGAGCCCAUGAUGGAGGGCAUCCUGACCAAAAUGCUGGACCGCAACAAGAAGGUCCAGGAAGCCGGCGCGUCUGCCUUCGCAAAUCUCGAGGAGAAAGCUCAAAAGAAACUCGAGCCCUACAGCUUGCCUAUCAUCCAGCAAUUUGUGCGUUGCUUUCAGAAGUACAAAGACCGCAACAUGUACAUCCUCUACGACUGCGUGCAAACACUGGCUGAGCACAUCGGCCCAGUCCUGGCGCGACCCGAGCUUGCCAACGAAAUCAUGCCAGCUCUCAUAGACAGGUGGACAAAAGUCUCCGACCAGUCUCGUGAACUUUUUCCUCUGUUGGAGUGCUUGUCCUAUGUCUCGAUGGCAAUGAAUGAUGCAUUCACUCCGUAUGCCCAGCCAAUUUUCGUGCGUUGUGUCACUAUCAUUCAUCAGAACCUGGAGCAAUCUCUUCAACUUGCCAGCAACCCAACUCUGGACGUACCGGAUAAAGAUUUCCUGGUGACGAGCCUGGAUCUUCUUAGCUCGAUCAUCCAAGCACUAGACAAGGAGAAGUCAGCCAAACUCGUUGAAGAAUCGCAGCCAGCCUUCUUUGAGCUGGUGACCUUCUGUAUGGAAGACCCGAACGACCAAGUCCGGCAGUCAGCUUAUGCCCUUCUCGGCGACUGCGCGAAAUAUGUCUACGGACAGCUGCGAUCCUCAUUAUCAAGCGUUUUCCCCGUACUGCUCAAGCAGCUUGACCUGGACGGUGUACUCGACGAAGAUAUUGACGAGGGUUUCAGCGUGGUCAACAAUGCAUGCUGGUCUGCGGGCGAGAUAGCUAUGCAACACAAGUCUGAAAUGAAGGCGUAUGUCCCGGAACUAUUUCAGCGCCUUGUCGAGAUCAUCUCAAACCCAGGUAUCCCUAAGGGGGUGACAGAAAAUGCAGCCAUCGCGCUGGGGCGGCUUGGACUUGGCAAUGCCGACCUUCUCGCCCCUGAGCUUGCUAAUUUCGCGGAAGAUUUCCUCACAUCUAUGGACGAAGUUGAUUUGACAGACGAAAAGGCUACAGCCUUCAGAGGCUUCACGGGUAUUGUCGAGAAGAAUCCCAUGGCAAUGGAGAAAUCGCUGCUGCAUUUCUUCACUGCCAUUGCUCGCUACAGAGAUAUUAAGCUUCGAAGUCAGAACAGGACUGAUCUCCACGAGGAGUUUCAGAAGACAAUCGGCAUAUAUCGCCAGAUCAUUCCUCAAUUUGAUCAGUUCCUCAGUCAGCUGCAACCUCGAGAUCAGGAGGCCUUGAGGACAACUUACGUGUUCUGA